AUGGAGGCGAAGGAUGUAUGUGUUGAAAUAGAAAAUGAUGAAUUUUAUAGCAAGUUCUUAGACGAGUCUGUAAAACCCAUCAUAAGCGACAGCUUAUCAGUCACCGACCAAGUGAAUAGACUUACUCUUGGGAUAGAAAAGCUUAGCAAAAGUCUAGAGAAGCAAGUACUCGCUAAACACAAUGAUCUUCUUACUCAGGCAAGUCAUAUUUCUGACUUAGAAGUAACAUUAGAAUCAGUUCAAGCCCAAGUUCAAGGCUUGUUACGGGGCGCCGAAAAGUUGAAAGAACGAGUACACACGCCCUAUUAUGCCUUGGAAAACCAAACAAUGAUGUUGGAGAGGGUCCAAACUACAUGCAAUUUACUCAGGCAUUCCUCUAAAAUCUUAUCUUUGUGGAACAAACUGCAAGGCAUCAAAGAUAACCCCUCCAAAGAAGCCAUUAUAUUAUAUGAACUCCAUGAGCUGAUUGGAGAUUACGAUUUUGAAGGAAUCGAUCUUCUUGAUGAAGUACUGAAGUCAGUUCAACUCAGAAGGACCACAUUACUUACAAAUUCAACUGAACUCCUGCAGUCGAGUUUGCUCAAUGGAGAUAAAACCAAAUUAUUACAAUGCUUUAAAGUAUUCCAUAAUCUUCAGUGUACAGAAGAACAGAUAAAAAAAACUGUCAAUACAAUACUAAGUGAUUUGAAAAAAGAAAUUACUGUUGCACUGAAUGUCCAGAUGGUGUCUAUUGAAGUAAAAAAAUCAAGUUCGGGCAGAAUUGCACCUGGGAAAGCCAAUAUCAUGAAUGCCCAAGAUUUCAAAAUUAAACUGUGGGAUAACAUUGAGAAGUUGUUCAAAGUGGACAUAUAUAAUUGCUGCACCAAAGUUAUAAUGCUCCAGAAUGUUGUGAACGAAUUGCAUGCAAUAGGAAAUUUCAGGAAUAUAGCAAAAAGUUUUUGGUCUGACUUAUGUCUUGUCUUCAGCAGUGAACUGGAAAAAAGCCCUUUGACUGUCAGCCAGUCAGUUGAGAUAGAUUACCCAAAACUGCUUAAAUGUUUUAAUGAUCUACUAUCAAGACUUAAAUCUAAAGAUCUGGAAAUGAACCGCACAUGUCUUACAAAGUGGGAAAAUUCUUUCUUAUCUAAGUCUUUAGGCAAACUACUUGAACCAGUUAGGAGUAUGUGGCAUUUGUCCCAAGUACCAAACAUGGAUCAAAUAGACAAUGCCAUCAGAGUCAUCGCUGAGGCUUUAAGCAUUUCUCUAGGUGACAAACAAUUGAGCAUAAGUUUGGCCAACAGUGUUGCCAAGUCUAUAAAACAGAUGAAUGUAGAAGCAGAACAGAGGUUGUCCUUGGAUAGUGAUGUGGCACAGAUUGUAGAACCACCGACAAGUUCCCAGCAAAAGAAUGCAGAUCUUUGUAACGCCUUAUACUAUUUUUCAUCACAGAUUAAAAGAGUUCUUAAUAACAUGAGCUCAAUUUUACCUCAAGAAAGUAUCCAAAUAGUACAGAACAGCUUAAAAGAUAUUUCCAGUAUGCCAGUACUUCAAUUAUUUGCAGAAUCAAUUAAAAACUCCCUGUACAUUAUACUUAUGACAAUGCAUGAUGAGCCUGAUUUGAUCAGAGCGGAUGAUCCAGCAGGCAAAUCACUAUCAUGUUCGCCAUACAUGAAAGAACUCCAACAAUUUGUGUCAAGAUGCAAAGACAUUUAUUUGUCAAUGUUCACUGAGAAAUCUGCUCUAAAUGAAUGUUGUAUUAAUAUAACCCGAUCAUGUGUGGAACGGUUUACACAACACAUUUGUAAUGUGAGACCUUUAAGCAAGUUUGGAAGAGUAAAGCUUCAAAUAGAUUGUAAGCAUCUAGAGACAGCUUUGUCACCCUUAGUUCAUGAUUUAACAGAGCUCGGAGAUCAGUACAGACAGUUAAAGGCACUAAAUCUUCUGCUAGAAAAGACUCCUCAAGAAAUAGCCAAGAGUCAAACUGAGGGUGCAUGUCUGCCGUAUUCCAUGGUUAUGAUGUUUUUAUUUUCUCAUGGUGGUCAUCAGUUGCUGGCGCCUCACACGUGUGCUGGGUGGAAUAUACAGAAGCUUAUGCAGUGGUUGGAUACCCAUAAAAAUGAGAGGGAUAGAUUAGAAUUUGUUGCUGGUGCUUUGCAAAGGUACCAAAAUCACGUUAGGCAGAACCAAAUUGCCACAUAUGAUGAGGUGUAUCCAGUGUUGUUGCAACUCCUAGAAGAUGGGCGAAAGUCUUUGAAGAAGUAG